AUGAGCUCGUACGGCCCGCCGAUGCCCGGCCCGAUGAACGUCCAGUACGAGAACGUUGUUGUUCGCGUGCCGACCCGUCGUCGCCGCCGCAACGUGUUUGUGCCCGGCCCGGUCCUGACUCGCACUGUUCGCGGCCCGCCGCAGCAGGUCAUCAAGACCGUCAAGAUCCAGGGCCCGGCCAAGGUCAACCGCGUCCGCGUCCAGGGCGAGCCGCGCGAGAUUGUGCGCAAGAUCGCCGUGCCCGGCCCGGCCCGUGAGGUUGUCCGCACCGUCAAGGUCCAGCUCCCCGCGCGCGAGGUCAUCAAGCGCGUCAAGGUCAAGGGCAAGGACCGCGAGGUCAUCAAGCGCAUUGCUGUCCAGGGCCCGCCGCGCGAGGUUGUCCGCAAGAUCCCGGUGCCCGGCCCGCCGACCUACGAGGACGUCGCCGUCCCGGUCCCGGUCCCCGGCCCGCCGCGGACUGUUGUCCAGAACGUGCCCGUCCCGGUCCCUGUCCACCAGCAGGUCAUCCGCGCCGUGCCCGAGCCCGUCGAGGUUGAGGUGCCCGUCGGCCGCCAGGGUCCUGCCCAGGAGGUCUACGUCGGCGUCAAGGACACCGCUCUCCAGGACGAGCACGACCGCCUCACCCUCGAGGUUGAGUACCUCCGCAAGGCCAAGGCCGAGGCUCUCGAGGCUGCCAAGAAGGCCGGCUACCCGAUCCCCAACUUUUCGGCGCAGCAGGGCUACCCGCAGCAGGGCUUCCCGCAGCAGGGCUUCCCGCAGCAGGGCUACGGCUCGUACGGCCCGGCCACCUACGGUGCGCCCGCCUACGGCUCCGGCUACGGCGCCGCGCCUUACGGCGCUGCCCCGUACGGCGCUGCCCCGUACGGCACCAACGGCUUUUAA